UCUCGGUUUGGUGGGGCAGUGCAGAGGCUCACUGGGGAGCCCUCCUGGGUGGCGGCAGCUCCUGUGACCGUGACCUCGCGUGGAGAAGAACCUCGUCCUGUGCUGUGUGCCAGGGACUGCUUCCUCAUCUCCUCAUCUCAUCAUCCCAUCUCAUCAUCCCAUCUCAUCAUUUCACAGCCUGGACCUGCCUCAUCAUGGCCAUCUCAUCACGCCUCGCCCUUUGGGAGCAGAAGAUUCGGGAAGAGGACAAGAGCCCCCCACCCUCCUCCCCACCCCCUCUGUUCUCUGUCAUCCCAGGGGGCUUCAUUCGGCAACUGGUCCGGGAGACUGAGAAAGAAUCCAAAGAAAGCCAACGGAAGAAGCAGGCAGCUCUCAGCCCGCUGCCAGCACAAGAGACCAUAGAACUUCCCAACAGCCAACCCAACAGCAAGUCUGACAGUGUCACCAAAUCUGGAAGCCAACAGGGUCCCCAGGUCACCCAGCCAAGCUCUCUCCAGGACUCCAACAUUCCCAGUAAGGAGAGCCAGGGGGCCAGUGGCACGGGACCCCUGCUGAUGGCCAGCAUCAAUGGUGAGAAGCCCCAAGAGUCUGGCCCCAGUGAGAACCCCACCAAAAGAACCCUGCCCUUGAAGAGGGGUGUGAGGAGGGGUGACGUGCUAUUGAUGGUAGCCAAGCUGGACCCUGACUUGGCCAAGGCGGAGCAGAAGACCCACCCUCAGGAUCCCCCCACUUCAAAGACCUUGCCCCAAGCCAAAGACCCUGGGGGCGGAAAGGAAGGAUUAGCCCCAGGAUAUUCCAGGGGCCCCAAGGCCAGCAGAGAGAAGCCAACCCUGAAGGCUGAGAAGACCCUGGCGGGGAACCAUGGGGGCUCAGCGCACAGAAGUGUGUCCUUGCCCAAAGAACAGCUGGGUGAGGGCUCAGUGAGGUCAGGGGCUGACCCUGCCCAGACCAUAGGACUUAAAGUGGGUAAGGCCAAGGAGAAGGAGGCUCAAGGUCCCAAGCCCCAAGUCCCAGGGCCUGGUGAGGGAGGACAGUCAGGGGCAGAAGAGAAGGAGACAGAGGCCCCCCCAAACAAGAUGGAGAAUGGCGGUCCCUCAAAGAAUGCAGUGGGUGAAGGCCAGCAAGCUGGGCCUCACAGCCAGGUGAGGAAAUGGGGGGGCUCCCUGGGCAGAAAGGCCAAGUGGAAUGACCCCCAGAGUAAGAAGGACAAUGAAGGUGAACUUCCGAGGAAGGAGGAGAAGGCAGGUGAGCCCCACCUCAAGACAGAGAAGAUGGAGAAAGCUCCAGGGGAUGGAGGGGCACCCCUGAUGGUGACAGAAAAGAUGGGUGAGGCUCAGACGAAGGUGGAGGAGGUAGGACAACCGCAGAGUCAGCCUGGGGAGGUGGGUGGCCCUCAGGGAAAGUCGGACGUGGCCUGUGCUGCCCCUGAGCAGGGGGUUACAAGGGCAGCAUCCACAGUGGCAGACAGAAGGGAGGACUUGCCAACAAACAGAGGGCAGAAGGGGGAGGGGCCUGACCCAAGAGCAGAUGCCAUGGCCAAGGUCUUGGAGGUGGAGCUGCAAGGCCUGGGAUCUGCUCUGGAGGCCCCGGUGGAUCAGCCCCAGACGCCGGAGAAUCAGGAGAGGCCGGCCCUGCAGGAGGGGGAUCCAGGAGGCCACAGCGGUGACUCCGAUCAGGUUCUUGCGGAUAGAUGGUAUGAGGCCGAGAAAGUCUGGCUGGUUCAGAAGGCUGGAUUUACCCUUGCAACCGUCCUGAAACCAGACGAGGGGACAGCUGACCUGCCCCCAGGAAGGGUGAGACUUUGUGUAGAUGCGGACAAAGCCAUCAUCGAAGUGGAUGAGGAUCAUGUGCACCGGGCCAACCCUCCUGAGCUGGACCAGGUGGAGGACCUGGCCUCUCUCAGCAGCGUGAACGAGUCCAGUGUCUUGAACACACUUCUGCAGCGCAGCCGAAGCCAGCUGCCAUACACCUGCACAGGGCCUGACCUGGUCGUCCUCCAGCCCCCGGAGCCUGCAGCACCAUCUGCAGGGAAGGUGCCCAGGGGCCGCCGAUAUGGUCUGCCUGCCCACAUCAGCUCCCUGGCCCAGCGGGCAUACUGGUCACUGUUGAGCCAGCGGAGGGACCAGAGCAUUGUGGCCUUGGGCCGGAGUGGCGCCGGGAAGACCGCAUGCAGCCAGCAGACCCUGGAGCACCUGGCGGCGCUGGCAGGCAGUGUGGACAACACAGUCUCAGUGGAGAAGAUCCGCGCCACCUUCACCGUGCUCCAGGCUUUUGGCUCUGUGUCCACGGGCCACAGCCACAGUGCUACCCGUUUCGCCAUGGUGAUGUCGCUGGACUUCAAUGCCGCAGGCCGUAUCACGGGUGCGCAGCUCCAGACAAUGCUUUUGGAAAAGAGCCGAGUGGCCAGGCGGCCUGAAGGGGAAGGUAACUUUAAGGUCUUCUCCCAGUUGCUCGCUGGACUGGCCCUGGAUCUCAGCAUCCCGCAGGUAGACUGGCUGUACCCCAUCGCCGUGUUUGAGCUAAGGUGCUGGCACGGAAUAUUGAAACCUGAAGACAAGCAGAAAGAAGCACUUGCCUUUGCCCAGCUCCAGGGGGCCAUGGAGACCCUGGGCAUCUUGGAGCAGGAACAACAAGCCAUCUGGAGGGUUCUGGCGGCCAUAUACCACCUAGGUGCCGCAGGUGCCUGCAAAGUGGGCCGGAAGCAGUUCAUGCACUUCGAGUGGGCGAACCGUGCAGCCGAGGUGCUGGGCUGCGAAUAUGAGGAGCUGAACCGAGCCACCUUCAAGCAUCACCUGCAGCAGAUCAUCGAGCAAGUGAAGGCCGGGUCCAGCCGCCGGGGCCUGGAGGAUGAAGAGACAAGUUCAGCUCCAGGGCUCAAGAUGACGAGUCUAGAGUGUCUGGAGGGGAUGGCCACAGGCUUGUACCAGGAGCUCUUUGCUGCUGUGGUCUCCCUCAUCAACAGAUCCUUCUCUUCCGACCACCUCUCCAUGGGCUCCAUCAUGGUGGUGGAUCCUCCGGGCUUCCAGAACCCCCGGCAUCAGGGCAGCGACCGGGCUGCCACCUUUGAGGAGCUGUGCCACAAUUAUGCCCACGAACGCCUGCAGCUGCUCUUCUAUCAGCGGACCUUCGUCUCCCUGCUGGAGCGAUGCCGAGAGGAGGGUGUUCCUAUGCCGUUUGACCUUCCAGAACCAUCUCCAGGGGCCACGGUGGCAGUUGUAGAUCAGAACCCUUCCCAGCUCCGCUUACCAGCUGCAGGUCCUACAGAGGACGCCAAGGGCCUUUUCUGGCUCCUGGAUGAGGAGGUCCGAGUGGAGGGCUCCAGUGAUAGCAUGGUGCUGGAGCGUCUAUCUGCAGCCUUCGAGCAGAAAGGAGUGGCGGCUGAAGAGGUCCCUGUCCUGCGUACCUGUGAACAGCCCCUGCACUGUGAGAUCUUCCACCAGCUGGGACAAGACCCUGUGCGCUACGACCUCACUGGCUGGAUCCACAGAGCUAAGCCCAACCUUUCCACCCUGGAUGCCCCCCAGGUCCUCUAUCAGUCAAAAAGGGAUGAGCUGAGAAGCCUGUUCCAGGCUCGGGCCAAGCUGCCCCCUGUCUGCAGGGCCGUGGCAGGCAUGGAGGGGACCUCCCAGCAGGCCUUGCAGCGGUGCUGCUCCGUGAGGAGAAUCUUCGCCAGCAGCCUGGCUGCAGUGAGGAGAAGGGCCGCGUGUGCCCAGGUCAAACUGCAGAUGGACGCACUGUUGAAUGUGAUCAGACGGUCCCAGUUACACUUCAUCCACUGCCUAAUGCCCCACCCCAUGGUGGAGAAGAGGGCCAGGCUGGAGUCUCUGCCUUCACCCCAGGCUGGGGGAGACAAGACAGGUGUGCCCCUGGCCGCGGACAUCCCAGCACUGCGGACCCAGCUGGCGGGCUUCCACAUCCUAGAGGCACUGCGUCUGCACAGGGCAGGAUACGCCGACCACAUGGGCUUCACGAAGUUCCGCCGGCGCUUCCAGGUCCUGGACCCUCCUCUCAGGAAGACGUUCAUGUCCAGCUCAGAGGGCCUGGAUGAGAAGAAGGCUGUGGAAGCACUCCUGCAGACCCUGGACCUGGAGAAGGAGGCGGUGGCCGUGGGGCAUAGCCAGGUGUUCCUUAAGGCUGGCGUGGUCUCCAGGCUGGAGAAGCAGCGGGAAAGACUGGUGUCUCAGAGCAUCAUCCUCUUCCAGGCUGCCUGCAGGGGCUUCCUGUCUCGCCAGGAAUUCAGAAAGUGUAAGAUCCUUCGCCUGGCCACCCGGUGCAUCCAGAGGAAUGUGGCUGUGUUCCUGCAGGUCCAGGACUGGCCGUGGUGGCGGCUCCUGGGGUCCCUGCGGCCCCUGCUGAGCACCACCUUGGGGGAGGAGCAACUGCGGGCCAAGGAGGAGGAGCUUACAGCGCUGAGACAGAAGCUGGAGAAGGCAGAGAGGACGAGGAAUGAACUGCGGCAGAAUGCAGACCUGCUGGACAGCAAGAUUGCUGACUUGACCACAGAGCUGGCGGAUGAGCGCUUCAAGGGGGAUGUGGCCUGUCAGGCUCUGGAGGUGGAGCGGGCAGAGCGGCUGAGGACCUUCCGAGAAGUGCAGGAGCUGAAGAGCAAGUGGGAGCAAGUGCAGAAGAAUUUGGGGGCAGUGGAGAAGCAGCUGGAAGAAGCUCAGCAGAAGAUUCAGUUGGAUGACGUGGGGAGAAGCCACACCGGAGAAGCCGGUGAAUGGCAAAUGCGCUUAGACUGUGCAAAGAUGGAAAACCAAUUCCUCAGAAAGCGUCUACAGCAAUGUGAGGGCAGGCUGGACUCAGAGAUGACAUCCAGGAACGAACUGGAGCAGAAGCUCGGGGAACUGCAGAGUGCUUAUGAAGGAGCCAAGAAGAUGGUUCACCAGCUAAAGAGGAAGUGCCACCAUCUGACCUGUGACCUGGAGGACACCCGUGUCCUGCUCGAGAACCAACAAAGCCGAAACCAUGAGCUGGAAAAGAAGCAGAAGAAGUUUGACAUGCAGCUGGCCCAGGCCCUGGGGGAGUCCGUGUUUGAGAAGGGCAUCCGGGAGAAAGUCACCCGGGAGAACACCAGCAUCCAGUGGGAGCUGGGCAAGCUGCAGCAACAGCUGGAGCAAAAGGAACGGGACACCUUGCAACUGAAGCAGGAGGUGGAGAGGCUGCAGGCCCACAAGCAGGAACUGCUGGGGGCCCCCUCAGUGGGGCAAAACGGCGUCGCCGACUUGAAGGAGAAACUCUGGAAGAUGGAAUCCCAUGCUGUCGAGCAGCAGAAAACCCAGACCCAGCAAGAAAACACCAUCAAGCAGCUGGAGCAGCUUCGUCAGCAGUUCGAGCUGGAGAUUGAACGUAUGAAACAGAUGCACCAGAAGGACCGUGAGGACCAGGAGGAGGAGCUGGAGGACAUGCGCCAGUCCUGCCAGAAGCGGCUCCGGCAGCUGGAAAUGCAGCUGGAGCAAGAAUAUGAGGAGAAGCAAGCGGUCCUGCAUGAGAAGCAGGAUUUGGAAGGCCUGAUUGGAACCCUGUGCGAUCAGAUUGGCCAUAGGGACUUUGAUGUGGAGAAGCGUCUUCGGAGGGACCUCAAGAGGACCCACGCACUCUUGUCGGAUGUGCAGCUCCUCCUCAGGGCUAUGGAGGACACCAAGACAUCAGUCAGCAAGGAGGAGCUGGAGAAAGUGCACAGCCAGCUGCAGCAGAGCGAAGUCAAAUGCGAGGAUGCCUUGAAGACCCAGAAAGCGCUGACCGCAGACCUGGAGAGCAUGCACAGCGAGUUGGAGAACAUGAGCCGCAGCAAGAACCUGGUGGAUGAGCAGUUGUACCGGCUGCAGUUUGAGAGGGCAGACCUCCUGAAGCGCAUCGAUGAGGACCAGGAUGACCUGAACGAGCUCAUGAAGAAGCACAAGGACCUCAUUGCCCAGUCUGCUGCGGACAUUGGACAGAUUCAAGAGAUGCAGCUGCAGCUGGAGGAAGCCAACAAGGAGAAGCACAAGCUUCAAGAACAAUUGCAGGUGGCCCAGAUGCACAUCCAGCACCUGGAGCAAUCCACUGUGGACAGAGCCAUUGUCAGCCGGCAGGAGGCAGUCAUUUGUGACCUGGAAAACAAGACAGAGUUCCAGAAAGUGCAGAUCAAGCGAUUCGAGGUCCUGGUGAUCCGGCUGCGUGACAGCUUAAUGAAGAUGGGUGAGGAGCUGGCAUGGGCAGCAGCCUCCGAGUCCCGGCAGCGGGAGAGUAGCCAGUACUACCAGCGGCGCCUGGAGGAGCUGAAGGCGGACAUGGAGGAGCUGGCACAACGAGAGGUGGAGGCAAGCCGGCGCUGCUUGAAGCUGGAAAAGUAUGUAGAGGAGCUUUCGGCCGUGAGGCAGACCCUCCAGACCGACCUGGAGACAUCUAUCCGAAGGAUUGCUGAUCUGCAGGCAGCCUUGGAAGAAGUGGCAUCCAGUGACAGUGACGUGGAAAGUGUCCAGACGACAUUGGACUGUGGAGGCCACAAAGAAAUGGAUAAUACCUCCACCUUCAGUUCCCAGCCUGAGAGCACCCUGCGGUCCUGGAUGAGUUGUACCCUAUCUCUGGCCACUGACACCAUGAGGAGCCCCUCUAGACAGUCAGUCAUCAGCAGCCGCACCCUCGGCCCCAGGAUGAAGAACAAGGAGGCUGGGGAUGCUGAGAAAGGCCAAGGACCCUCAGCGCCCACGGGAGCCUGCUGCACAUCCCCUGGGAGCUGGUCUGCUCCCUCUGCCAGCCUGCAGAAACACCACCACUUUGGGGACGGGGAAGGGUUUAGCCCCCAGAAGAAGAGAGGGGAGAACGUGGAAGCUCUGUCUUCAUCCCCGUUGUCAACCCAGAGUAGAGAGGCCUCCCCUCUGUCACGGGAGAAGCUGCCCAGUCCCUCGGCAGCCCUCUCGGAGUUCGUGGAAGGGCUGCGGAAGAAGAGGGCGCAGAAGGGCCAGGGCUCCUCACUGGCCCUGGAGGACUGGUCCACCCUGCCCAUCUACCAGACCACUGGGGCCGCCGCACUACGGAGGGGCCGGGCUAGCAGUGACGAGGGCGACCUCUCCCUGCGGCCAGGGGCCAGGUCCCCCCUGGAACCCGAGGGCACUGCGGGGCUCCUGCGCUCUAGCAGCCUGAGGUGUGUCUCGUCCUACAGCGCAACUGCCACCACGCCACCGCUGUCCGAGAGGGCCAAGACUCGGUUCAGUUCCUGUGAGUCCCUGAUCGAGUCUGGGUCCAGCUCCUUGAGAGACCGGAGCUCCUCGGAUCCAUCCAGGGACACCCUUGUGUCCCCCACGCUGGGCCCUCGGAGGCCAUUCCUGGACUCCUCCCUAGAUGAUGCCAGCCCCGCAGACCUGGGGCAGAAGCCGCUGGUCUUCCAGAAUAGCCAGUUCGCCCACCUCAUGGCUGGACCUCCAGGCCAGGAUCCACCCAACUGGAAGCUCCCCGGCCUCCAUUACCAGCCCAAGACCAAAGCAGAUUUCGACGACUUCCUCCCGGCCAUCCGCAAGCCUGAGGCGCCCAGCCCCUUGUCCAGGGCCACCAAGGACGGACAGGAGCACUCACAGCUGUCCAGCGUCCACUUUGAAACCGAGGACGCCGACUGCUCCUUCAGCACUGCUCUGCCCAAGGGCCUGAGCCCCAGGGAAGAGCAGGCUCAGCUCUCCGACUCUUCCUCCUCCUCUGGUUCCCUCCUGUCCUUUAAAAGUGGCGACAGCGUCAAGAGCCGGCCGAGAGCCCUGAGACUGGAGGGCGACGGUGGGGAGCGGACAUCGCCAGACAACAGAGAGCCGGGGGCAAGGAGGAAGGAGGAUGAUGUCGAGAGCAUCAUGAAAAAGUACCUCCAGAAGUAGGAGCCUGCGGACAAGCUCUGAUUCACGUCGGCCUCCGGAGGGGCAGCUGCCCUUGAAGUUUUCCCAACUGCACAGCUAUUUGGAGAGAGGGAGAAAUGGCCAGCCCUGGCCUCUGACCAGAUGCCCUCGCUGCAGAGCCAGUCAGCAUUGCUUACUGCAAGAUGGAGACAACCCCCUGGGGUGGGGAGGGGAACCUACCCUGUGGAGUUGUGGGUCUGCCCCCCUGCUUGGUCUGUACAAUAAAGAGUAGGCCCCUGGCCCUCCAUCCA